CUAAACGGUCCGCAUUCGCAUCUACCCAACGAAAAAAUUCUUUUUGGUAAACAAAGUAAAAUCGAAAGUUAUAUAUAUAUAAAUUUAAUAAAAGUUAUUCUAAGAAUGUCUGUAAGUAAUUAUUUAUUGCCUGUUGAAUAUUUUUGCAAAAAAUCUUUGGAAUGCGGUCACCUGAUUGAAAGCCGCCAAUUUGCAGAGUAUCUUAACAAUAAUGAUGAGUUAAAAUACACGAGACAAGAAUUCUAUUACCCUAAAAAUAAAGCUUUGCUCGAAGUUGAUUUAAACAUCGUUAAUGGCGAAGACGAAUGCAUUUACUUUUGUGGAAAUUCUUUAGGACUUUGCCCAAAAAGCUUAAAGUCAAUUGUUGAUGAAGAGUUAGCAAAGUGGCAAGAAGGCGGUCAACAAGGACGUUACUACGGGAAGAGACCAUGGGAACAUAUUGAUGCUUUUGUUAUUGAUCAAUUGGCAGCAUUGGUUGGUGCGAAACCUAUUGAAGUUGUUUCAAUGGAUUCAUUAACUACAAAUUUACACUUACUUAUGGUUCCAUUUUACAGACCAACAUUAUCAAGACAUAAAAUUUUAUUUGAAGAAGGUUGUUUUCCAUCAGAUCGUGUAAUAAUUGAAUCCCAAAUUUGUUCACAUGGUUAUGAUCCAAAAACAUCAAUGAUACAAGCAGCACCCAGAGAGGGUGAGUACUUGCUGCGAACAGAAGAUAUACUUCAACUUAUUUAUGAGCAAGGUGAUUCCAUUGCAUUGAUAUUAUUUUCAGGAGUACAGUAUAGAACAGGACAAUUCUUUGAUUUGCAAGCUAUUACAGAAGCAGGACAUCGCAAGGGAUGUAAAGUUGGUUUUGACUUAGCACAUGCUGUUGGAAAUGUAGAGCUAAAGCUUCAUGAUUGGAAUGUUGAUUUUGCAGCAUGGUGCACAUACAAGUAUUUAAAUGCUGGUCCAGGAGGUAUUGGUGGUCUAUUUAUUCAUGAGAAAUAUGCUUUUGACAAAGACUUAAAAAGGUAUUCAGGAUGGUGGGGUGUAGAGUUUAAAGAGCGUUUUCAAAUGGACAAUAAUAAUUUGCCAUUGAUACCAGGAGCUCGAGGAUUCGUACUUUCAAACCCAUGUGUUUUAGCAGUUGCUUCUCUCAUAUCAGCAUUAGAGAUAUUUCAUAAAAUUGGUUUAGAAAAAGUUAUCAAAAAACAGAGAUUGUUGACAGGAUACCUGGAGUACUUAAUAAAACGCAAUUUUAGUCCUGGUACUAACAGUUGCUCGAAUUAUUCUGGGAUAUUCAUUGAUAUAAUUACACCAGAAGAUGUAAAGUCUCGAGGGAGUCAGUUAUCUUUAAUAUUUUCUAGUAAUGCUACAGAAAUAUAUACAGAAAUUAAAAAGCGUGGUGUAGUGUGUGACUUUCGCCAACCAAAUGUAAUGCGUGUUGCACCUGCUCCGUUAUAUAAUAGCUUUGUUGACGUUCACAAAUUUAUAGAUGCUUUAACUCAAGUUUUAUUGCACUUAAAGAGAUGAUGGAAUUUUAAGCAUAUUUUUUAAAUAAAUUUUUCAGCUUUUAUUUUUGCUCCCUAAUAUCUUCGAGCUCUUUAAUGUUUUUAUUGAUGUUAGAGGUGAUAAUUAAAUAAUCUAUUUAACUUUAAUAUAAUUUAUCAUUCUAAAUAAAUAGUCAUUUGGUUAUAAUUCAGAUAAAUAAACUUUAUAUGUAUUGUAAAUACUUAGGAUAAA